AUGUUUACUGCUGAAAAAGGUUGGGAGAUUGAAGAAACACAAUAUCUAGAUAAUUUAAUUAGCGAAAAUCUUUAAAAAACAUCAGAGAAAAGAAAAUUUGCUAUUACAAGUCAUAGAGUUAGAACAUUAUCAUAACCAAAAAUAGCCACUCCUAAUUUAUAAUCCUGCAGAAAGCAUUUAGUUUUAAGAUCAUAAAUUUAAACAGCAAAAUAGAACUUAUAAUUUAAUUAUGCUAUUUUGGAUUAAGUACUUUAAAGAAAAAAAUCAAAUCAUUAUACUCAUCUUUCUUAAUUAUCCUUUUCUCCAAAUAAACAAAACUUUUAAUCCUCAUAAAAUUCUUUUAGAAAGCAAGGUUAAAAGUAUAACAUAAUAAAUAUGAGUAAUUUAUUAUUAAAUUCUCCAAAAACAAUAUAGAGAUCAUAAAUAUAGUUAAACAAAGUACUUGGUAGAGUAUAUAAAUGA